AACAACUUCUCUCUGUCUUAAAUCGUCCGUGAAAUUUUCUUUUCUGUUUCGUUUUCUUAAAUAAAUUGAAGUGAUGACAAACGAGCGAGGCGGAGCUCUGGUUGUGGAGCGGAGCAAUCUCCACAGACCGAAGUUAGGGUUUUUCUUGAGCACAGAUUCGAUUGCGACAUUUAAUGAUAAUCAGUUGGAUGACUACUCUUUGAAUUAUCGUAAAAGCACCGCUUCUGCAACGAGUCCCAGAGGCUCUACGAAUUAUAGCAGUACGCCUACACCGACAAGCGGCGGAGCUUCUCCGUAUCUAAUGUCUCCCUGGAAUCAAACAGCGUCUCCUUACAACAAAUCUCCCUGGAUUUCGCCUUCGUUUAAGGAGAACUUGAGUUGUAAUGGUCUGAUUGGCUCCAUUGUUCGCGAAGAAGGUCAUGUAUAUUCCUUAGCGGCUUUUGGAGAUUUGUUAUACACAGGUUCUGAUAGCAAGAACAUAAGAGUUUGGAAGAACCUGAAGGAGUUUUCAGGAUUUAAAUCAAACAGUGGCUUAGUUAAAGCCAUUGUUAUAGCCGGCGACAAAAUUUUUACAGGUCAUCAAGACGGAAAAAUCCGAGUGUGGAAGGUAUCAAAUAAAAACCCUACCGUCCACAAAAGGGUCGGUAGUUUACCAACUUUUAAAGACUUUGUCAAAUGCUCAUUUAACCCGAGAAACUACGUUGAAGUUCGACGGAACAGAAACGUUCUUCGAAUCAAACACUUCGAUGCAGUUUCAUGUUUGAGCUUAAACGAAGAACAAGGAUUGCUUUACUCAGGCUCCUGGGAUAAAACCCUCAAAGUGUGGCGAAUCUCAGACUUUAAGUGUUUAGAAUCAAUCCAAGCCCACGAUGAUGCCAUUAACUCCGUUGUUGCGGGCUUCGAUUGUUUUGUCUUCACGGGAUCCGCUGACGGAACGGUCAAAGUGUGGAGACAAGAGCUGCAAGGGAAAGGGACAAAGCAUUUUUUGGUUCAGGUUUUGUUAAAACAAGAGAAUGCAGUGACAGCACUGGCGGUGAAUCAAGAGUCGGCUGUGCUGUAUUGUGGAUCGUCAGAUGGGCUGGUAAACUUUUGGGAACGUGAAAAGCAUUUGUCUCACGGUGGGAUCCUCCGGGGCCACAAAUUGGCCAUUUUGUGCAUGGCCGCCGCUGGUAAUUUGGUGUUCAGCGGCUCCGCUGAUAGGAAUAUCUGCGUGUGGAGAAGGGAAGAUAGCGGGGCCCACUCUUGCUUAGCUGUCUUGUCGGGGCACACCGGGCCGGUCAAAUGUUUAGCCGUUGAAGAAGAUCACGAUUGUGAGAACAAGGGAGAUAAAGGGUGGAUAGUUUUCAGUGGGAGUUUGGAUAAGUCGGUUAAAGUGUGGCGCGUGUCAGAGCGCGUUCCUGUGUUAAACGGCUUUAUCUCACCGACCCAAGAGAAAGGGCUCCUUCAAAGUUAAAAAAGACUGAGUUGAGACGAAUAGGACGUGAAGAGCACGCGGAGUCACAAAGACUGCAAGUGGAGAGGUCCCCACGUAGGUAAUUGCAGUGAAAGAGGGGAACAGUAAGAGCGAGUGGCCGUCGGAGCUUCUGAUAUGAUACUUGGGCUUGAAGGUAGUAAAACACCGAUACACCACCACAGACUCCAUUAAUCAAUAGCAGCAUGCCACGUCAUAAACAGUAGUGUACAGUGUGGGACGUUUUAUUUAUUUGUUUAUUUUACCUUCAAAUAUGGGAAAUUGUUAGUAAAAUUAGUUUUUUUUUUUUUUUAAAUCUAGCAAAGAAGUUAAUGAAGAUGUGUAAUAAUUGUAAAAAUAUAUAUUAAUCAACCCCGAGGGUAAUUAUGUCAUGUUGCAGCCAGAUAUUAAUCUUUCCAAUUAGGUGACAUAAAUUUAACCAUGUGAUUUAUUUAUGUAACUCUAGCAUCUUAUAUUAUAAAUUCAAGAUUAUAUAGUGGUUGAAGAA